AUGGGGGCUGGGGCCAGCGCUGAGGAGAAGCACUCCAGGGAGCUGGAAAAGAAGCUGAAAGAAGAUGCCGAGAAGGACGCUCGAACCGUGAAACUGCUGCUUCUGGGUGCCGGCGAGUCGGGGAAAAGCACCAUUGUCAAGCAGAUGAAAAUUAUCCACCAGGACGGGUACUCGCUGGAAGAGUGUCUGGAGUUCAUCGCCAUCAUCUACGGCAACACCCUGCAGUCCAUCCUGUCCAUCGUGCGCGCCAUGACCACCCUCAAUAUCCAGUAUGGAGACUCUGCGCGCCAGGACGACGCGCGGAAGCUGAUGCACAUGGCGGACACCAUCGAGGAGGGCACGAUGCCCAAGGAGAUGUCAGACAUCAUCCAGCGGCUGUGGAAGGACUCGGGGAUUCAGGCCUGCUUCGAACGCGCCUCGGAGUACCAGCUCAACGACUCGGCGGGCUACUACCUCUCGGACCUGGAGCGCCUGGUCACCCCCGGCUACGUACCCACGGAGCAGGACGUGCUGCGCUCGCGGGUCAAGACCACCGGCAUCAUUGAGACGCAGUUCUCCUUCAAGGACCUUCACUUCCGCAUGUUCGACGUGGGCGGGCAGCGUUCGGAGCGGAAGAAAUGGAUCCACUGCUUCGAGGGCGUGACCUGCAUCAUCUUCAUCGCGGCGCUCAGCGCCUACGACAUGGUGCUGGUGGAGGACGACGAAGUGAACCGCAUGCACGAGAGCCUGCACCUGUUCAACAGCAUCUGCAACCACCGCUACUUUGCCACCACGUCCAUCGUUCUCUUCCUCAACAAGAAGGAUGUUUUCACCGAGAAGAUCAAGAAGGCGCACCUCAACAUCUGCUUCCCAGACUACGACGGCCCCAACACGUAUGAAGACGCCGGCAACUACAUCAAGGUGCAGUUCCUCGAACUCAACAUGCGCCGCGACGUGAAGGAGAUCUACUCCCACAUGACGUGCGCGACCGACACGCAGAACGUCAAGUUUGUCUUCGAUGCCGUCACUGAUAUCAUCAUCAAAGAGAACCUCAAAGACUGCGGCCUCUUCUGAGGCACCUGAACUCCUGUGCGUCUCUCAUCCUGAGGCCCUGUAGUCUUAGUUGACUUACAGCCCAGCCCCCAUCAGCACCCCCAGACUCCUGGGCGCCAGCCUGUGGCCCCAGAAGCUAC